GAGCCCGUAGUCUCUUUGGAAACUUCUGCCGGAGAAAAAGAGCUAGGAAAGAGCUGCAAAGCGGUGUGGGUUUUUUACUCUUUUUUUUUUUUCUUUUCUUUUUUUUCCUCCUUUUCAUUACCCCCUCCUCCGUUUGCACCCUGCUUCGGGCUUCACGCAGAACCUGCGAAUUUCGAAGAGGUGCUGGCAGAGUGGGAGAAAAGAGGUGUUAGGGGCUUGGAUUUGGUCUUUUUUUUUUUUUUUUUUCUCGAUUUCCACAUUUUCCCCCCACCCUCGCGACUGCAGCCGCCGCCUCUUACCUGUUCCGGGGCAGCCGCGCGCCGCUGGCAGCUGAGGGUUAGAAAGGAGCCGGGUGUACUUUGAGAUUUUAAACAAAAAUUUUUAAGACGAAUCUAUUUUUCUCCCCCCGCACCCCCUCCUCCACAGCCUCCGAGCUCAUUAUUCCGGUGGUGGUUUUGGAGUGAACAAUUUUUGGCCCCCCCCCCCGCAAUUCUGACCAGGUCAGGCUUGGGGAGGGGUUGUUUCUCCGGCCUCCGAGCCCUCUGCGUGCACCUGGCGCUGCUCUUUUUUCCCCUACCUGUUGCAAGUCCGUAAUCUUUGCAGCUGAGACUUGCUUGCAGGCACCCCAGCCCUCCAUCGCUCCCUACAUUUUGCAAUUGUCUGGGGGAGGCCACCUGCUCUACCUGCCAGAAAUUUUAAAAAGAAAAAGCAAUUCUCCGCGCGCCCUCUUGGCCCCCUUCUCCCUUCAUUCUCGCGCUCCUGCCCCGCCCCAGGUAAAGGGGAGACUCGGAGAAGAUGGUGCUCACCGCGGUCCUCCUGCUUCUGGCCGCCUGUGCGGGACCGGCCCAGGGCCUGGGCUCCUUCGUGCACUGUGAGCCCUGCGACGAGAAAGCCCUCUCCAUGUGUCCCCCCAGCCCCCUGGGCUGUGAGCUGGUCAAGGAGCCAGGCUGCGGCUGCUGCAUGACCUGCGCCCUGGCCGAGGGGCAGUCGUGCGGCGUCUAUACUGAGCGCUGCGCCCAGGGGCUGCGCUGCCUUCCCCGGCAGGACGAGGAGAAGCCGCUGCAUGCCCUGCUGCACGGCCGCGGGGUUUGCCUCAACGAAAAGAGCUACCGCGAGCAAGCCAAGAUCGAAAGAGACUCCCGCGAGCACGAGGAGCCGACCACCUCCGAGAUGGCGGAGGAGACCUACUCGCCCAAGAUCUUCCGACCCAAGCACACCCGCAUCUCCGAGCUGAAGGCCGAGGCCGUGAAGAAGGACCGCAGAAAGAAGCUGACCCAGUCCAAGUUCGUGGGGGGAGCUGAGAACACCGCCCACCCCCGGGUCAUCUCUGCACCUGAGAUGAGACAGGAAUCUGAGCAGGGUCCCUGCCGCAGGCACAUGGAGGCUUCCCUUCAGGAGCUCAAAGCCAGCCCACGCAUGGUGCCCCGCGCUGUGUACCUGCCCAACUGUGACCGCAAAGGAUUCUACAAGAGAAAGCAGUGCAAGCCUUCCCGUGGCCGCAAACGUGGCAUCUGCUGGUGCGUGGACAAGUACGGGAUGAAGCUGCCAGGCAUGGAGUAUGUGGACGGGGACUUUCAGUGCCACACCUUCGACAGCAGCAAUGUUGAGUGACGCGUCCCCUCCCCAUCUUUCCCUCACCCCAUCCCACCCCCCAGCCCCGACUCCAGCCAGCGCCUCCCUCCACCCCAGGACGCCACUCAUUUCAUCUCAUUUAAGGGAAGAAAAUACAUUUAUCUAUCUAUUUGAAGAAA